AUGCUGGCACUCGAAGAAUGGGCAGUUGGACGUUUCCAGCCAAUGGCGAUGUUCGCGCAGGUAGUCGCUGUAAGCGCUAGCGACUGCCAUGAGGUCAUUCAAAAGGCGCGUGAGGCCUGGGCGUUCUCAUUGAACGAAGCGUCCGGAAUCGGGACAAAAGAAUGGAUGGCUUGCUAUCAGCGACCGCUGUGCGUUGAAGGUGAGUUACUGCAUUUGCUCGAUCACCCAGAUCAGCCGAGUUUAGCUGGAGAAGCCGGGUUGGAGUGGCCUGAUCUUCGCCGCCAAAUGAUGGGCGAGUUCCAACAUGAUUGUUACAGGCGGGGGAAGACGCCAAAGCAGGAUGAGUCGCUGAGACGCCAAUUGAGCGAGUGCGUGGAAAAAUACUACCGGAACACUCACCUUCCAAUGCUGGAUCAAUGGCUAAGAAAUGUGGAACCCCUCCCGGAAGGCUAUCGAGAGUGGUUCAGGCGUCCGAGUCUUCUAUUCUUUUUGACCGUGGCGAUGCCGUGUUGGCUUGAAUUCCACCGGACUCCUUGGGCGAUGUUGUUGAAAGCACGUCAGGGCGAUUGGGAAGCAUUGCAGCAGUUGCUGUCAGUGGAUGGUCAGAUCAAAUAUGAUCCGUCGAUUCAUAGGACGCUCUUUCAAAUGGAGAAACGCGAGCCAGAGCGUUAUCGCGAGUUGCUUGCGGGUGUACCAACCGCGCGGCCUAAGCUAACUCUAAAGAAAGUCAAAUUUGCCUUGGGCGGUAUGCUAUCGAAAUGGUCAGACGAGCUCGAGCGUGCCUUGAAAGGUGAGUGGCUGCUGGAUUGCGUGCGGCAGACCGCGAAGCCUGGGCAAGAGCGGGCUAUCCGUGCAUGGGUGAAAGCAUGCAAGAGAAAACUAGACCGCGUGUCGUUAAAGUGCCGGCUUAACGCACAAGAUAUUCGCAAGCUGUUCAAUGCAGUCGCCAUCGACGCAGGGCUUGGGGGUGCGGAUCCAGAUUUCAAUGGUCAAUCAGACAGCAUCUACAAAAAGUUAAAGCGUAACGCCGACCUAUGGCCGGGGUUGCGAGAAACGGACAUUUUCCGCGAUGAAACCUGCGAACCGGUGUAUGAGCGCCGGAAGCGGGCAAAGCGGCCGCCUGAUCCUCGUCAGGGGCAUUUCUGGGGCAAUUCCUCCACAAGCAAGGCGAAGCCUGAUCGCGAUAAGGUGGCGUCGUCUGAUGCCGCGGACCGGAGCGAAGCGCCCCGGAGCGAGCACCGGACCGCGGCCCCGGAGGGCAACCCCUUAUUUCAAUCUAAGGGUAAUUGUUGUGAUGAGAAUGUAGAUGAGUUCCCCGAGGAAAAAGAACGGGUUGAUUCUGCAGAGGACCUAGGGUCGGUCGUCGAGCAAGUUUACAAGGUUCGGAAGUGUUCGUGUCGGAAGUGGUUUUGUGAAGGCUGUGGGCCACGCCAAGGCUACCAACUGCGAUUUAAGCUACUGAGUCGCCUAGAGUCGUUCCAGGACGUUUACGGCGUUACGCUGACCGUGGACGGUAGCCUCUUUGAAUCGCCCGAGGUCGCAUGGCUGUAUGUCAUGCAGAAUCGACUGCUCUCCCGAUUCGUGCGGGAUCUGAAUGAUCGAGGUCAUCUGCACAGCAAAGCAUAUUUCUGGGUAGUCGAGUUCCAAACAGACACCGAGCAGCCGCACUGGCAUAUGUUGCUCGAUGCUUCGCGAAUCCCCUACGGUGAGCUCGUUGAGAUCUGGGGACGGUUCCGCCCGUCGACGGCUCAGCCCCUUGCCGAAAAGAUCACAGCCAAGAACUACAAAGGCAAGGCUCCUGCAUUUGGAAGUAUUCGCUUUUCCCACUAUCCCAACAAAGCUAAUGCAGGCUUCUAUGCGACCAAGUACCUCGUCAAAUAUCCGCAUAAUGGAUAUCCCGAUUGGGUGCUCGACCGUGUGGGUCGCAUGCCGCGUUAUAACCACAGCAGGAACUUUUUCCCGAAGGUUUCCGGGCAUGAUCCCAUGUGCUUCUGUGUGGAGUGCCGUGGUGAUGAAGCGCCCGCAAAAAAGCCGAGCUCGUCGAAGGGGAAAGGAUGCCGUCGAUAUCGUCGUGAGCUAAAGACAAUCCGUGAACGCAUCGGCGAGUGCGGUAAUGCCUGCACGAUAGUUCGUGUCCCCCGCGUUGAAUUUGAAGACGGCACGAUAGUCGAUGGGCGUGCGAGGUUCGAUUCAAGCAUCGCUGUUCCAUUCCUGGAAGCAUGCGAGCAUCUGUGUAUUACUCCCGAGGAUGCCUGGGAGACGGGAUUUGACGCUGAUGAAGUUGCGGGGCUGCAACUCUAUGCUGCGAUGCGUAACAAGAUGAAGGAGGAGCGAGAAGGGUUUUCGCUAGAGGUCCAAGAAACAGCAUUGAAGGCAUACGCCGAACGCAACGGCGGAGAGAUCUACAAGCUCAUGCGUCUGGCCGAAACAGCCAGCAAGCGAGAAGAGCGUAAGGCAUUCCGCGAAUUGUUGAUCUAUGCUCGUGAGCACUCCAAACAAAUCGACGGAGUGUUGUUCUAUAAGGUAGAUCGAGCGGCGCGGAAUCUGUUCGAUUACGUCGAGCUAGAGCGGUUGGAAGAUGAGCACGGCGUGCCGGUUAUCUACGUAGCACAGCCCACUGAGAAUACGCCAGCUGGUCGUAUGCAACGCCGCAUCUUGGCCAAUAUGGCGACCUUCUACACUGAGCAACAAAGCCUGGACGUGAAGGAAGGGCUGGCAAGGCGUGUCGAAAACGGCUUGUUCGUUGGGAAAGCCCCUUACGGCUACCGGAAUGAACGCCAGGAUGGCCGAAGCCUGGUUGUGAUAGACGAGGGAGAAGCCCGCGUAGUGCGUAAGGCGUUUGAGCUGUACGCAUAUCACGGGCAUACGCUCGAUAGUCUGAGUCAGAAAUUAGAGGCAGACGGGGAAUACCUCGAUGGCGUGCAUCGCAUGGCUCGCAGCAAGCUACAUGUCAUCUUGCAGGAUCGUGCGUAUAUCGGAGAGGUGAAGUAUCGGGGGCAAUGGUAUCCCGGAACUCAUGACCCCCUAGUGGACCGAGAAACCUUUGAACGCGUGCAGGUUCUCUUGGGUGUGAAAACAUAUCAGGCACACAAAGCGGUGUUCGGCGCGGGAAUGAUACGGUGCGGUCAUUGCGGAAAGCCGAUCGUCGCAGAGAUCCGCCACAAGAAGACGCGUAAGGGCGUGAGUGAGUACCGCUAUUAUCGCUGUGCCAGGUACAACAAAGGCGAUCAUCCUCGAACCCGACUGAAAGAAGCCGAGCUAGAGUCGCAGGUUCUCGGCCUGUUGAAGUCGAUACGGAUUGAAGAUGAGAAAGUCCGAGACUGGUUCGGGCAGGUCUUGCGGGCGAAGACUAAGGUUUCUCAACGCCACAGCGACGAAGAACUUGCUCGACUGCAACGCGAACUGGCGAAGCUCAAGAAGCAAAAGGACGGUCUGUUGAAUUUGCGUCUGCUUGAAGAGAUCAACGCUGACACGUUCGCUGAGAAGCAAGCCGAGCUCAGAGAUCAGGAAGUGAAAUUGCAGACGAAGCUGGAAGGCGUCGGGCGUCAGCAAUCCGAGGGAGCUGAUCUAGCCGUGAAAGUGUUUGAACUUUCGCAAGCUCUGACAGAGAAAUGGUUUGCAGCCGAUAUCGCCGAGAAACGUGUGCUGCUGGAAAUCGUCUGUUUGAACUGGACCCUCGACGGCGUAACUCUAGUCCCUGAAAUAAGAAAGCCCUUCGACAUUCUCGUCAAAGGGCAAUUCGUCCAGUCAAGUCGGGGCGAUAGGAUUUGA